GCGGGAUUCGGUAGUGAUGAAGGUGACUGGAUGAAAACUGCAUCAUUACAAACUCCUGUCUUGCUGAGACCCGGUCCGCUUUAACUCACACACGCAGACACCGCCGCUAUCAUGGGAACGAGCUCAGCCGAACCGAACCACAAACGGGUCGAGUAAUUUUUAUUUUUAUUUCAUUAACUGCCCGCGUGGUUGUUGUUGUUUUUGGUGAGCUCGCGCACUGAUUUCUUUUUUGUUUUUAACACAUCAAACAAACAUUGCGAGAGAGGAGCUGCUAACGGUUACCUGACCGUACCUGCGGACCUUAACAAAGUUUUCCCCGGGCUUUCAGCGGUCUCCAACAAUGCGGCUGACCCAGAAAAGGUGGCUCUCCUCGGCUGCCCUGCUGGUGUUAAUCCUUGCGGCGCGCUGCUCCGACAGCUUUUUGAUGUCCCCCGAAGAGGCGAACCAGUUCCUGAGCAGACACCGGAGAGCGAAUCAAGUUUUCGAGGAGACGAAGCAAGGACACUUGGAGAGGGAGUGUGUGGAGGAAAGGUGCAGCAAGGAGGAGGCCAGGGAGGUCUUUGAAAACGACCCAGAAACGGACUACUUCUACCCCAAAUACAUGGCCUGCGUGGAGAAGUUUGGGGAUUCAGAAAAGAAAAAGCAGGACUGGAUCACGUGUGUUCACAAUAUUCCAGACCAGUGCUCUCCUUCUCCUUGUAAUCCUGGAGGUACGGUGCGCUGCGAGGACAAAAAGGGAGAUUUCCUCUGUCACUGCUUCACAGGCUGGACCGGAGCCACGUGUGAGACAGAUGUGGACGAGUGCGUCGAGAAGAGUAACGGAGGCUGCGACCACGCCUGCAACAACACCGUAGGAAGUUACCGCUGCUUCUGUCACGACGGCUACGUGCUGGUCGGACGCCACGCGUGUGCCGACAUCGACGAGUGUGAAGAUCCGACUGUUUGUGGUUCGGCCAGAUGUGAGAAUAAUGUGGGCGCUUAUGACUGUUUGUGUGAAGAAGGCUACGUCUUUGACAACGAGAGCAGAAGUUGUGUUGACGUGGACGAGUGUGAGACGGGCGUCUGUGAAGACGAGUGUCUGAACACUCCGGGGAGUUUCCGGUGUUUCUGCGACGGUCGCCGCGGGCUGAAGCUGAGGUCGGACCUGAGGAGCUGUAAGACCAUAACGCCGUGCACGUCCCCGCCCCUGAAGAGGGACCCCCGUUCUCUUUAUCUGGGCCGCAUGUUCAGCGCCGUGCCGGUGGUGCGGCUGCGUUUCCGCCGCAGGGUCCACACGGGCUUUUCAGCGGAGUUCGACUUCCGCACCUACGACCAAGAGGGAGUGAUCUUCUUCGCCGGAGGUCACCUGGACAGCUCCUGGAUCGUGCUGGCGAUGCAUCACGGGAAGCUGGAGCUGCAGCUGAAGUACGGCGCAGUGAGCAGAGUGACCAGCAGCGGCCCGGUGGUCAGCGACGGCCARUGGAGGAAGAUCUCGGUGGAGGAGCAGGGCCGCAGUCUGGUGAUCAAGAUCGACCGGGAGGCCGUCAUGAAGAUCGCCGUGAACGGAGACCUGUUCACGCUGAAGAAAGGCAUGCACGAGCUGAACCUCACCGUGGGAGGAGUCCCGUUCAGGGAGGACGGCCUCGUCAAUCAGAUCAACCCUCGUCUGGACGGCUGCAUGAAGGAGUGGCGCUGGCUGACGGGUGAGGACACCUCCAUACAAGAAACCAUCCGGUCCAACGACAACAUGCAGUGUUUCAGCACCGAGGACCCCGGGGCCUUUUACACCGGAGCCGGCUUCGCUCUCUUCAACAUCAGCUACGAACCAAAGAACCUGAGCGUCCAGGUGAACCUGCGGCCCGUUUCUGCUAUGGGAGUUCUGUUUGCUCUGGUCUACCAGGACGGCGUGCCUCUCUCCAUCGCCCUCUCAGACUACAACCCCRCCACAGACGAGUGGAGAGAUGUUCUCUUGGUUUCUGUGGGAACCGUCGUCGUCGCCAGCUCUCCUGCGCCUUUUUGUGACGGCGAGAGCCACGAGGUCCAGGUGACCGUCUCGGACCAACAGAUCGUCCUGCUGGUCGACGGCCAGACCGGACGCAGCGAGGACGCCGAGGUUCCCACCGAGCUUUUCUCACGUUCCACCACGUAUGUAGGAGGCCUUCCAGACGUUUCCCUGGUGUCCACGCUCGUGUCUGCGCCCUACAGCGGCUGCAUGGAGGUCCGCGUGAAUGGGAAGAACCUGGACCUGGACACGGCCGUCCACAAACACAACGACAUCCGCUCACACUCCUGCCCCUUGCUGGACUUUCACCACUGACCAGUCCGGUUCUGGGACCACGUCCACUAAGGUUCUAAAAGCUCUUGACCAGUGGGGGGGAUUAAAUUAAAAUCUUAAAUAAAUUUGGCGCUGCAGAAUCAUCUCCUGUCCGGCCCAGACCGGAGGCUCUCACUGUGUUUGGUUUUCAGUAUUUUCAGCUGUUUAUGUCACAUCCCUCAAUAACUGCCCACCAGAACUCACGGGGUCGGUUCUGAGUCGUCAUCUGUGGUCAUGUUGCUUCACGUUCACAAAGCUUCGAACAAAGUGAGCGCUAACGCUAACAUCAACAAAAAACAAACAGAUAAAUAGUUUUAAACUCGCUGCUAAACUCAGAGAAAAUGUAUCAACAGGUGCUUCGACCUCUUAACAGCGUUUGGUGCGUCGAUAAUUCAGAGCGGACCUGAAUCUACCGGUCCUGAGCGCCGAGGCACGACUCCGUGCUUCCACAACAAGCUUGCACAUGGCCGCAGGCGCAAACGGACCGCGACAAGAACCCAUUUCUACGAUUCAGCGGAGCGCUCCGUGUCUGCCUGCAGCCUUUAAAUAUCAACCGUGUGCCUAAAACUAAAUCCCAACUCUAACGUGUCGACAGCUUUUAUCUAACGGUGGCGUCUCGCUGGGCGGAGCCUAGUUGGCAACGCAAAAACCAAUAAACGCAAACCUGGAUUUAGGAGUGGUUGAGUUUUGAACGUGAGUGAUGUCUUCAUUGUUUCAGUGUGUGUGUGUGUGUGUGUGUCUGAGGAAAGCACAAACUAAAUCUCAACUUUGUUCUUGUUUGUUUUAAAGAGCCGUUUAAAAUAUUCGGAUCAGAUAAAAGCGGAACUAAUUUUUCAGUUUAGCGCACUAGCUGUUUUGCUAACUUUAAAAAUUGUAGAGGACCAAUUAGCUUCCACUAAAAUGUUUUCCCAAGUCCAGGUCCACUAGCAGCUAACUAACAAGCUAACAUCAACAGGUUUGUGUCAGUCUCACCAUCUUCAGCUGAAAGGAGACAAAGACGAGACACAGACUGAGCAACGUUCUCGGUGGUUAGCUGUUGGCGUUAGCUUCAGCUGAUUUUCUACCUGUGCAGCUUAGCGUUAGCUUCUGUUAAAUUUUAACUUCUUUAGGAUUAGCUGCCACUCAUUUUUACUUGUUUAGCUGUUUAGCAUUAGCUUAUGCUAAAUUUACAUUUGUUUGUUAGCUUCUGCUACAUUUUUCUUGUUUAGUUAUUUAGCAUUAGCUUCUGAUAAAUUGUUACUUGUUUAGCAUUGCUUCUGCUAAAUUUUUACUUCUUUAGCAUUAGCUUUCUGCUAAAUCUUUUCUUGUUUAGCUGUCUAGCGUUAGCUUCCGUUAAAUUGUAACUUGUUUAGUGUUAGCUUCUGCUACAUUUUCACUUAUUUA